CACUUGUUAUUAAACUACCGGUCGAGUUGCGCGCGCAACACAACAAAACACAAUCUCGGCGCGAACGCACGAAUGUCACCAACAUUCGCGCGGGAAACCGCGGAGUACCGAUUUUUUGACAAUUGACGAACACAUUUUCCAACAAUGCGGCUGUUAAUAGUGUUGUGUUUUUGUGCCAGUGCGGUGUACGACGUUUCGGGGCAAGACAUUGAAGCUAUGAAAAAUAUGCCCAAAUAUGACUCUCGAUAUGAUUAUUUAGAUGUAGAUGCACUUUUUAAUAGUAAGAGACUAGUCAGAAAUUAUGUGGAGUGUUUAAUUAAUGGACUAAGGUGCACACCUGAAGGAAAAGCUUUGAAAAGGCUCCUUCCAGAAGCAUUAAGGACGAAAUGCGUCAGGUGCUCGGAGAGACAGAAGAGGACAGCUGUGAAGAUUAUAAAGCGGCUGAAAUACGAGUAUCCUGAAGAAUGGGCGAAAUUAGCCUCAAAAUGGGAUCCCACAGGAGACUUCACCAGAUAUUUCGAAGUGUAUCUGGCAAACGAACAAUUUAAUGCUAUCCCUAAUGGCAGCGUCGAGAUACCGUCCGCCUCGCCGCCGCCAGCACCUCCCACGUCACCUCCAGUGACGUCACAAGAUCCCGUCACAGCACCAACUCCGCCUAGACCACUUCUACUCAACAGAUUUGGUGACGACGGAGAGCUAAUGGUGGGUAGUCCAUCAUCAGGAGUGGCUACUCAGCGCACAACUCUGCCGCCAAUGUGGUCCACCGUUCUACCUACAAGGGCAGCUAGACCUACACCAGUAAGCUGGGCGAUGGCUGGCCAAGACACGAUGACGAGACUUCCGACGACAGAAGAGCCAUACUCCACCGCAAUCACCUUCAUUGACCAGAUUGGGAUUAAAAUCAUCAAGACAACAGAACUUGUUACUGACAUCUUAAAGAAUACCGUUCGAGCUGUCGUCGGUUGACGUGUACUAAACAGCAACUGUUUGUUAGCAUAUUAGAUUAUAGAGAUUUCGUUUUGUUCCGCCAUUUAAAACAUUGUUAUUAGCCUUAUUUAUUAGUUAAGAGUCCAAUUAGACAGAUGUAUACAAUAAGGUGUAAAUCGUUAUAAAAUUUAGAGGAUUUUUGUUAUGUAAUAAUACAAAUUAUUUAAAAACAACUUUAUCUAGAGAGCAUUUGAAUUCAAAAGAAGGGUAUCCUAUUAUAAAACAAAAACAUACAAACUCAUUUUUGAGGUUAUCUUCAUUAUACAAUUUAAAUAAUUUUCGAGAGGUUUAUGGGAGAAAAUAGGAUUUCAUAAUAAAGGUAAGGUGAAAAUAUCUUUAUUAUCGACUUCGACUUCGUAGUCGUUUCGUGAGAUUUUUAGUAAUUAAGACUAUGCAUAUGUGCAAAUUGACUACAAUUAAAUGGAUUUACGGUCAUGACAAUGUUAUACAUAAAUGCAAUGUUAAAAUAGGUUAGAUAUUAAAUUAUUUAUAUAUAUAUUAUUCGUACAAAUUAAGAAAUGUUAUUCAUAAAAAAUAUUAAUAAAAAAAAUUGUGUUUAAUAUUUAAGCAAUGUUAGGAUAAGUUAAGUAGCUACAGUGAGAAUUAAAGUUUCAUAAAUU